AUGGCCGCCUAUAGCAAGUUCCUCACAGCGCGGCACUCCGCCAUCGCCGGGGCCGCCGCCGCCUGCGCGCUGCUCUGCCUGCUCAGCAAGCGGCGGGCGGCCGCGCAGCACGGUAAAAGAAGUGGAAAAGCUUUGCAGAAUAUUGAGCAGAAAGAGGGAAAGAAGGAGCGAGCAAUGGUGGACAGAGUGUUUAUUGCACGAAUAUGUCGAAUCCUGAAAAUAAUGGUCCCUAGAGCAUUUUGCAAAGAGACAGGUUAUUUGCUGCUUAUUGCUGUGAUGCUGGUAGCCCGAACUUACUGUGAUAUUUGGAUGAUUCAAAAUGGAACAGUCAUUGAAAGUGCUAUCAUUGGCCGCAGCAGAAAAGAUUUCAAGAAAUACUUGUUCAACUUCAUUGCUGCAAUGCCUGCUAUCUCUUUAGUAAAUAACUUCCUGAAGUAUGGUCUAAAUGAACUGAAGCUCUGCUUCCGAGUAAGACUUACCAGAUACCUCUAUGAAGAAUAUCUUAAAACUUAUACAUACUACAAAAUGGGAAAUCUGGACAACAGAAUAGCCAAUCCAGACCAACUCCUUACACAGGAUGUGGAAAAAUUCUGUAAUAGUGUAGUGGACCUGUACUCAAACCUUAGCAAGCCCUUCUUGGAUAUAGUUUUGUACAUCUUCAAGCUAACAAGUGCCAUAGGAGCACAGGGUCCAGCUAGCAUGAUGGCAUACUUGAUUAUUUCAGGGUUCUUCCUUACACGUUUAAGGAGACCAGUUGGCAAGAUGACUAUAAUAGAACAGAAGUAUGAAGGGGAGUACAGAUAUAUCAACUCACGGCUCAUUACAAACAGUGAGGAAAUUGCUUUUUAUAAUGGGAACUUGAGAGAAAAACAGACUAUUCACAAGACUUUCCGUAAGCUGGUGGAACACUUGCAUAAUUUCAUCCUGUUCCGGUUCUCUAUGGGUUUCAUUGAUAAUAUCAUUGCCAAAUACUUUGCCACUGUGGUUGGCUACCUGGUUGUUAGUCGUCCAUUUUUGAACCUGUCUGAUCCCCGUCACCAGAAUAGCACUCAUGCCGAACUUUUGGAGGAUUACUACCAAAGUGGAAGAAUGCUGCUGAGAAUGUCUCAAGCUUUGGGCAGAAUAGUCCUAGCAGGCCGUGAAAUGACAAGAUUGGCUGGUUUCACAGCUCGAAUCACAGAAUUAAUGCAGGUUCUGAAGGACUUGAACAGUGGCAAAUAUCAGCGUACAAUGAUAUCACAAGAAAAAGAUGGAGAUAAAAAGCAGCCUUUGUCUUUGAUACCUGGAUCUGGAGAAAUUAUCAACAGUGAUAACCUUAUCAAGUUUGAUCAUGUUCCAUUGGUGACACCUAAUGGAGAUGUUUUGAUUGAAGACCUUAACUUUGAGGUUCGAUCUGGUGCAAAUGUGCUGAUUUGUGGGCCAAAUGGGUGUGGGAAGAGCUCCCUGUUCCGUGUUCUUGGUGAGUUGUGGCCGUUGUUUGGUGGGCGUUUAACAAAACCUGUAAGAGGAAAGUUGUUCUAUGUUCCUCAGAGACCAUACAUGACUCUUGGAACGCUCAGAGAUCAAGUUAUAUAUCCAGAUACUUUGGAAGAUCAGAAAAAGAAAGGGAUUUCUGACCAGGUGCUGAAGGAGUACUUGGAUAAUGUUCAGCUGGGUCCAAUCUUGGAACGUGAAGGAGGCUGGGAUAGUGUUCAGGACUGGAUGGAUGUACUCAGCGGGGGAGAAAAACAGAGAAUGGCAAUGGCAAGGCUGUUCUAUCAUAAGCCCCAGUUUGCAAUUCUGGAUGAGUGCACAAGUGCUGUUAGUGUGGAUGUAGAGGACUACAUUUACAGCCACUGCCGAAAGGUUGGCAUCACUCUCUUCACCGUUUCCCACAGGAAGUCACUCUGGAAACAUCAUGAUUUCUACUUGCAUAUGGAUGGCCGAGGAAACUAUGAGUUCAAGAAAAUAACUGAAGACACAGUUGAAUUUGGAUCUUAAAGUCAUGAACUGAACUGCUAGAAAUUGAUCAUUACAAGAAAUGUGUAGAAUGUCAGACAAUGUACCAUAAAAUUACUCAGCUUGUUAAGCAUUUACUAUUAUGUAGGAUAUUGCUAAUUGUGUAUAUGUUGGUGUAAUUAUUGAUACGUACUAAGAAUGUCCUUAUUCUUGUGGUUUAAAAACCUGCCUAAAUUAAAUUGGGCUUAAAUUAG